GUGUGUCUCUUUCGUGCUAAGCCCGACUUCACAGACUUCACAGACCGACUUUUUGAACCACCUCGCGCUUGUCCUAAUGCGUGAUGGCGCAACAAUUGGGUUCUAUUUGCCGAGCGCCGCCUCUUGAAUUUUCGUGAAGCUUCACGUCCAGAAAUUACUUCUUUUCAAUAACUACCCAACACCAUUCCCCCACAUGGCGGACGAGGAUCUCUCCGACGAGCAGGUCAGGCAACUGCUCAAGGAUGCAGAGGAGCGGUUGCGGAGCAAGAGGGCGGGAUCCAAGACCUCUCUGAAUCUACAGAACAGUAUUCCUCGGCUUGCAUCUGAAAAGGCAAUCGAGCCAUACAUCAGGACUACCGAUCAGGGCGCCUCCGUCGAUCCCUCUCACUUCGCAUCCGCCCAAGAACGGAAACUCGCAAAUGGAAUACGAGUGGUGGAGGACCCAGUAGCAACCAAGGCAAAAGCAGCAAAGGAGAAGAAAGCUACUGCCGGCGCUGAUUGGUACAACCUGCCUCGAACAAAAUUGUCUCCAGAACUCAAGCGGGAUUUGCAAUUACUUCGGAUGCGAGAUGUCCUAGAUCCAAAGAGGUUUUACAAGAAGGAAAACUCGAAGCCACAAAUCCCAGAAUUUUCACAAGUGGGGACAAUUAUCGAGGGUCCAACUGAAUACUUCAGUGGCCGACUCUCCAACAAGGAAAGGAAGCGAACACUAGUCGAGGAGAUUCUUGCUGGAGAGAAGGAGACUGGCCGAUUCAAGUCAAAGUACCAACAGAUCCAAGAGGCCAAGACAAGUGGCAAGAAAGAGCAUUACAAGAAGAUGAAGGCCAUGAGAAAGAAGGGUGGUUCCAAAAGUUGAUGAUAUGUUGGGUAUCUAUGCUUGACAGAACCUCCCAAGACCGGCAUCGUCUAUCUGUUCUUCGAUGCCUCCACUUCCACGAUUUUUACAAUAAGGUUCUAGAGUCU